AUGCGCACGCCGUCCUCCGCCUACGACCAGUUGCGCGUGAGCGGCUUCCCGCCUGUGCGCUUGGGCAGUUGGCACCGCUACCGGUCGCUGUCGCAGGAGUUCAACGACGUGUUCAAGCCCGAGGCGUCGUCUAUUGCUCGAGAACCUGCGGUACGUCCAAGGGAUCCGUUAACGGAGCUGCUCGUGGAUUGGCUGAUGAGAGGGAUUUUAAUCAACUUUCACGUGGGCAUUGAACUCAAGCAGAUUUUGACCGCAACGACUGCUCGCGCGCGCAAGACGAAGAUCAUCUGCGCCAUUGGCCCGGCGUCCUGGUCUGUUGAGAUGCUUGGACAACUUCUGGAUGCUGGGAUGAAUGUUGCAAGGUUGAAUUUCUCUCAUGGUGACCAUGAACUGCACAUGAGAAGUCUGUCGAAUUUGAGGGAGGCGAUGGCGGCACGACCAGGUUGCCAUUGUGCUGUGUUGCUGGAUACAAAGGGGCCAGAGAUCAGGAGCGGAUUCCUAAAAGGACACAAACCUGUUCAGCUGAAGGCUGGGCAGACUCUGGAGAUCACUACGGACUAUGGCGUCGAAGGAGACAGUUCUCGCAUUGCGUGUACGUAUGAACAGUUACCGACGUCGGUGUCAGUUGGGUCCAAGAUUUUGUGCGACGAUGGAAGCCUCGUGAUGACGGUGAUAGAGUGCCGACCAGAAUCGAUCGUUGUGCGGGUGCACAACGACCAUCUUCUCGAGGAGAAGAAGAACAUGAACCUUCCAGGGGCGGCCAUUCAGAUACCCGGGAUUACUGAGAAGGACGAGGAUGAUCUGCUGAACUUUGCGAUCCCGAACGGUGUAGACAUCGUCUCGGGGUCCUUUGUGCGAUCGGCUGCAAAUGUGCGCGCGAUUCGCGAUUGCUUAGGCGAGGCCGGUCGACAUAUCCGCGUUCACGCGAAAAUUGAAAGCCAGGAGGCCCUUCAAAACAUUGACGAGAUUAUCGCAGAGGCUGACGGCAUUCAUGUCAGUCGUGGUGAUCUCGGCAUGGAACUAUCGCCCGAGCGCGUGUUCUUAGCUCAAAAGAUGAUCAUUGGGAAAGCGAACCGUGCCGGAAAGCCUGUCGUUACCUCCACUCAAAUGCUGCAAUCCAUGACGAAGAAAAUUACCCCUUCCAAUGCGGAAUGUACGGACGUUGCAAAUGCAGUACUGGACGGGACGGAUGCAAUGAUGUUAUCAGCGGAGACGGCAAAGGGCAUGUACCCGAAGGAGGCCGUAGCUACGAUGGCCAAAAUCUGUAUCGAAGCUGAACAAGCGCUUGACUACGCGGAGGUCUACCGCUUGCAUCGAGCAGCAAACAGCAAACAUGUCAGUAUGUGCGAGUCUGUCGCCAGCUCGGCUGUGGAAAUCUCGCUCGACAUGGACGUGAAGCUCAUCAUUUCACUCACAGACUCUGGCGACAGUACCAAACUACUUGCGAAGUAUCGUCCAAAGGCCAACAUCUUGGCUGUCACUUCUUCUACUCUGACGGCACGGCAGCUAUCAGGGAGUCUCACACGGUUUGGUUUCCUUGUAUUUUGCAGAGGAGUGACGGCGCUGCUUGUGGAAUCUAUGACCGACGUGGACGACCUUACUCUAAAAGCUAUCGCGUUUGCAAAGGAGAAGGGUUUGAUCAAAAGCCAUGACGUUGUCAUCUUAGUUCACGGACUGGAUGAUGCCGUAUCAAAGUCUACCAACGUGGUGAAGGUGAUCGAGAUAGACAAACAAAGCUACUCGAGUCCGAAGCACAGCUUUUUCAGUGGGAUUCACAUACCGUUCACCUAA